UUCUAUUGGUAAGUUUCGGCGCCCAUGAUAAGUAAACGUGAUCAUCCUUUAUGGCGCUACAAUCAAUUCAUCACAAAGGAAGAUGGUAUGGUCAUACAUAUUGUGUAGUAACUGAAACAACCAUAUUACACCCACAUCCUGUCAAUUCAUAUCUCGUACAAGAUGUUUUGGAAAAUGUCGUUCUUUUAUCUUUGAGGGUCGCAUGCAUAUAAACCACACGAUUUUUGAAACAGUUCAAGGCAAGGGUGAACAACAAGGCCUAAACUUCAGACAAUAGAAGGAUUUUAAAUGGUGCCAUUUGUCAGAAAACUUGUUGAUUGCACAUUGAGUUAUCUAGUGGCUGAAAAGUUAUACCGGGGUAGAGACGGCAGAGUGCGUUAGGCAAAAUAAAAAGCGGCCUUAGUGACGAGAAAAGACGAGAAGUGGCGUCUGUGUAAGUGAAAGUCGUCAGAUAUUACUGUGGGUCCUAACGAAAGAAGUAGUAUCCAUGAAAAUUGGUGGUCUAUGAAGACAGGAAGCUGUUGAUAUAGACAGGAAGUGGUUUUCUAUUAAAACCGAAAGUGAUUGUCUGAGAUUAAUAUUUUUUUUGAAGAAGUAUUUUGUGGAUACUCUCCAGCGUAAAGCUAAGGUAGAGCACUAAAUCCCGUGGGACAGGAUGUGAUGCUUACUAACAGUUAGCGUGGUGUGUGACAAAGGAAGGGAGUCUCUCUACGGAUACAGGUUUAGCAUCUGUCGCAACUUCUGGUCUAAAUACACUUCAUUCAUUAGAUAGGAUUUAAUCCAUCUAAACGAGAAAAUUACAUCUCUAAAUACAAGAUGGCGUACGAUGACGUUUUUGAAGUUAUUGGAUCGUUUGGUCGCUACCAGAAGAAAAUCUACGUGCUACAGACUCUCCCUAUAGUGUUUACAGCAAUACAGACAUGUCUGUCCCUCUUCAUAUUAUUUGCACCCGAUCACAGGUGUUCCAUACCGGAUCUCCAUAACGACACGUUCGCCAUCCAGGGCCCCGCGCAUGCGCACUUAGUAAACCAGUCAGUGCCCCUGGACAUCCAUAUCCACUCCAGUAUCGGCGAAGGAAUCCGGUAUUCCCGGUGUGAAAUGUUUCAUCAUCACAACAACUCCACUCCUGAUAGAUCUCCCAUUCACAACUCCAGCUUGUACUCGUUUGAAUGUCGGCGCUGGGUGUUCGAUAAGACGGAGUUCGACAGCACAUUUGUCACACAGGAUAACCUAGUCUGCAGUAAGAAGUUACAUCGAACACACGCUACAAUGGCCUAUAUGGCCGGAUUGACGGUCGGCUCGCUCGCCAUUGGAAUCCUCUCUGACUGCUACGGACGGAAGCGAGCUCUCUUAACGAGCACUGUAUUAUACAUCGUGUCAAACGUCUCACUGACGUUUGUCACCAACUUCUGGGUCUUCACAACGCUCCGGUUCUUCUCGGGAAUUUCCGUUGGGGGCCUGAUCAGUACAGCAUACGUUAUGGAUUUGGAGUUGGUUGGACCCGAUAUGAGGAUGUUAGCUGGGAUGGUGUACAUGUUGUUCUGGGGGUUCGGUGUGCUGCUGUUGGCAGGGGCAGCGUAUUUCAUCCGAGACUGGAGAUAUCUUAAUCUGACACUGGCUCUACCCACCGUUCUCUUCCUGUCCUAUCAUUGGUUGGUGCCAGAAUCCACUCGGUGGCUGGCCGUCCGUGGCAGAAGAGACGAAGCGGAGAAAAUCUUGAGACACGCCGCCAAAAUCAACAACCGGAAGUGCCCGGAUCAAAUCCUUGUUCUGGAGGAUAAGGAUACGAGUGUGGGUAGGGUGUCACUGCUGGCGCUCCGCUCCUCUCCCCUACUGAUGGUCAGAUGUAUUGUCAUCUGUCUGAACUGGUUGGUUGUUGCCAUGGAGUUUAGCGGCCUGUCCCUGAACGUCAGUAACUUGGGGGGUGAUGUCUACCUGAACUUUUUCCUGACCAGCCUCGCGGAGAUCGUGGGCUUCCUGUUGUGUAUUCCACUCCUUAAUCGAGUCGGCAGGAAACCUGUCUACGUCGUCUCCCUACUGUCAGGGGGGAUAGCGCUCGUGCUCACAAUAUUCCCAAUUCUAUAUGGAUCAUCAGAUCUAGGAUGGGUGACAGUGCUCUUGUCUCUCGUGGGUAAGGUUGGCUCCAGUGCUGCAUUCGCUACAAUUUUCCUGUACUCGGCAGAAUUCUUCCCGACCGUCAUCAGAAAUUCAGCUCUGGGAGUCGCCAACUUCUGCGCGCGCACCGGUGGAAUGAUUGCCCCAUACGUCGUCGAUUUGGGCCAAGUGGUUAGCGGCGACGUGGGACGAGUUUUACCCAUGUCCGUAUUCGGAACAUGCGCAGUUGUUGCAGGUCUACUUUCCCUUUUGCUUCCGGAAACUCUCAACCGGAGAUUACCAGAGACCAUCGAAGACACGAUAGCAUUUGAUCGGUCAGGUAGGAUGUCAGGAAAUAUUGAAAUGGAUAUAGUAGCAAGACAGCCUCUGAAUGGACCAUCAGAAAAAGAAGAAAAUGUCACUUGAUUAAGAACAAAGGAAUAGAAAAAAAUACUGUUCCAUUGUAUACAUAUAUUUGUAUGAAGCUUGAAUGAAGAAAUGUGCCAGUUUUCUUUAUGCUUUACAGAUUUUGUUUUAGAUUUUAUAAACUGAAUUAUGCUCCAGAGAGAGAGAGAGAGAGAGAGAGAGAGAGAGAGAGAGAGAGAGAGAGAGAGAGAGAGAGAGAUAAAAUAUGGCAGAUAGAAAGUUUUAUUUCAAAAAAUGUAUGCCUAUAUAGUUUAUUAAAAAUUUUAUUUACCGGAAUACAUAUAUUGAGAUAGUUUUAUAUUUUUAUUUGAUCGAUAUAUUUCGUUUUUAUAUUGAUGUUUUCAUUUCUCUGUUAUAAAUUCAUCAAAAGAGAUCAUUUGUUAUUUACAUGUUUAUUUUCAUUGUUUACAAAAUAAAUAUAUCUAAAAUCGAACUAUAGAAAAUGUUAUUGA